GUACAUUUUUUUAUCAUGCACCUUACUUCAAAAUUCAAUACUUCUAAGUUACGUAGAUUGUUUCAGGCUGGCCAAGGCCUAAAUUAGUGUUGCUGUGAUAACCCAAACAAUGAGGCCAUCACUGACUGUUAUACUGAGUGUUGUUUUUGUGAGCUAUAUUUUUCAUUCUAUCUGGACGAUCUACCAACUUUACAAUCCUAAACCUUGCCCUCCUAAAGAAAAAUGUCUCAAACCAUCUUGGAAAGAAACAUCUAGGUUCCAGGUUUAUCUGUGUACUUCUCUAAAACUUGAGGUGAAGAGGGAGUCAGAGUUAACUGUUGUUUGGUCUGAUAAUGACUUUGAUAUUAGUGUUUCAAAAGAUAUUCCUUUGAAUAUAUCACUGCCUCGCAGCACCAUAAGAAAUGGAUCUCUCAGCAUACAUGCUUUUAUAACUCCUAAGCAAAACAGAAAAAGAUCUCUCUCAGAACUUGUAGGUGAUAGCAGGACUUCUCAUGGUGGUGGUCUGUUGACAAAAUAUGUUGUUCCUACAAGUCAAGCAUUUAACCUUCUGAAAAAUGACCAGAACAAGGAGGAUCCAAAAAAACAGCAGGUAGAAGAUGAAAGACCAUUUACCCACUGGAAACCUAACUUUGCUUUUCACGUAAUGUUUGAACCUUUACCAUUGUACAAAAAUAACAUCCCUGGAGAAAUCUUCCAUCUCCUAGUGACAAAUGAAAAGAGAGAGUAUUUACCGAUAGUUUUUGCUAGUGAACUCAGCUACAGGAUUAAAGACCUAGUGCCUCUUAACACGGUUGAAAUGGUCAUGCCUUUGACUGUUAGUUACACACCAAUAUCCCUAGGUCGGCUGAGAUUGAUGGUCACAGUAGAACAUGCAAUGAAGUCAUUGGAAAAAGCAGGUUUCACUCCUAAGGAUACUGAUGAAAUCAAGGGGAUAUUCUUUGAUACCAAUAUCUAUCUUUUACUGCUGACUUUCUUUGUAUCUGCAUUUCAUUUAUUGUUUGACUUUCUGGCUUUCAAAAAUGACAUAAGAUUUUGGAGGGAAAAAAAAAGCAUGGUGGGAAUGUCUGUUCGAACUAUCAUCUGGCGGAGUAUAAGCCAAGUGAUUGUUUUUCUUUAUCUACUGGAUGAAGACACCAGUCUCCUUGUUCUUAUUCCUUCUGGAAUAGCAUCUGUUAUAGAGUUUUGGAAAGUGACAAAGGCACUCAAACUGCAUGUUACCUUUAAAGGAAUAAUUCCUAACUUUAGGUUUGAAAGUUCAAGUGCAAGUGAAAAACAGACAGAAGAAUAUGAUUCACAAAGUAUGAAAUACCUGUCAUUCCUGUUAUAUCCCCUGUGUUUGGGAGGAGCAGUCUAUUCAUUAUUUUAUGUACAACAUAAAAGCUGGUAUUCCUGGUGUAUCCAUAGUCUCGUUAAUGGUGUUUAUGCUUUUGGAUUCCUCUUCAUGCUACCUCAACUCUUUGUUAAUUACAAACUUAAAUCUGUGGCACAUCUACCUUGGAGAGCUUUCAUGUAUAAGGCUUUCAACACUUUCAUUGAUGAUCUUUUUGCAUUCAUCAUCACUAUGCCCACAGCCCACAGAGUUGCUUGUUUUCGUGAUGACAUUGUCUUUCUUAUUUACCUUUAUCAAAGAUGGUUGUAUCCAGUUGACAGGAGUCGUGUGAAUGAAUUUGGUGAGUCAUAUGGGGAAAAAAAUGAGAACUCAAAGAAAGACAAAUGAAAAGUCAAAGAGAAGAAAUUCAUUAUGGUGUGGUGUACGUUACUUUGUGUUCAAUUCUUAUGAUAAGUAUCAUUCCAAGACACAAAUUUAUUUAUACGAGUUGAAACUUGGUGUCAUACCUUUGACAUAGCAGAAAGUCAAUAGGAACAUGCCAGUCAGAACAGAUAAGUUUUUUUUUUUUAUAUCUAAAAUUGAACAAUUUGAGAUAUUAAAGUACAUUUUUUUUUCUUCCCUGGUCAAUUGCUUUUAAUAUAACUUCCAGCUUAUCAGAUUUGUUUUGGUAAUUAACUACUGCUUUCAAAUACAAGUUUUAAUAUGAUGAUAUUAUGAUAUUUUGAUAUCUAAGAAGUUAACAUUUUAAAUAGAUCAUUGUACAUACUGCUAACAGUUACUUUCAAACAAUGGAAUUUCAUUUUCUUCACAGUACUUUUCAACUCAAUAAGAAAGAAAAUGAGUAGUCAUGCAUUAUUUAAAAAAAUGUAUCAUUUUUGUCUACUAGCGUGUUCAGGAUAUUAUAAGAAUUCUUUGUGCAACAUCAGGUAAACUCUGUCUCUUACCAAAAUAUAUGAGCUUCUCUGGAUAUAUUCAGUUUUUUGAGAAUCCAUUGUUUUUAUAAGAAUAUGUAAAAACUUUAUUUCCUCCAAACUGGGAAGAUUCAUUAAGACAUCUAGAACCAAAGUCAUUCACACUGGAGCUGUAGUAAACCCAGUUCACAUAUUUUGUUAGAUGCACAUUUUAGAUAGGAUUCUCUCUCGUUUAAAAUUUAUAAUGAGCCACAUGUCUUCAGUUUAGUAUAAACUUGUGCCAUUCUUCAAAUAUGUACUCUCUCUGAUGUUUAUAUUCAGUAACAGCAGUUGUUGAAACCACUAGGGUUGUAGGGUUGCUUUUAUAACAUGGUAUUUUUGUUAUUCAGCUUCAUUAGUAGUAAUAUAAACAAGUCUUUACAAAAAGUAUUUAAUAAAAAUAUUGCUCUUUUCUUGCACUUUAACAUACAUGUGCAAGGAGAUGGCCUUUCUCUACAAUAGAAAUAUGGUGUACAUAUAUUUUUUAUUAGUAGUUUCAUAAAAACUUUUCAAUGAAAUUGGAAUUUUUAUUUCUAGAAGCCAUUGGACUUGUUUCUAUUAGUUGGCAUUGGCUGAGAUUAAUGCAGGUUUAUUGAUAAAUAGCUCACAGUGGUGAGAUACUAAACAGAUGAAGUCUUAAACUAUACUACCUGUUUUAGAUGGUUACAAUUAUUCUUUAAACUGGAUAUUGAACAGUUUUUUCCUUCUAAUCUUGUAUGUUAGUGGAUUAAAACCUAGCUUUAUCAAGUCAUUUAACAGAAUGCAACUUGAUUAUCCCAGGUAAAAUCCUUUGAUAGAAACAAAUGAAUUGUUGGAAUAAAAUUUUGAUCUGUAGCAAAUUAAACGUAAUGGAAAUGUUGAUAAGUAUUAGUUAAAUGUAUUUAUGAAGAGAGAUAGUCUAGAAAAGUUUUUUUUUAGAUAAAUAUGUAAACUAAAGUUGUUACAUUAAGCUGGAAUGGAUACUAGUCUUUUUUGUGUUAUUGUUUUCUUUAAGAGAGUUUAAUAAUAAUUGAUUAACUAGAGCUAUCUACAAUGUAGUUAAAACAUUGAAACAAUAGUGACUUGGCUGCCCAUUUGUAUCUCUAAUCUGCAUUUUGCAAGGGGGUUAUAUACAUCAUCAUAAUUGUUCUUAUAACAAAAUCCUUGCCCUGGUUGGAUGCUAGCUUAAAUUAUUUUUUUUUAUCAUAACCUAGAUAUUUUGUACCUAAUGCAUAGUAGUAUUCUUACUGUAAUAGUUUGAGGUUUGAAGUAAACAUGCAAGAUUUCAUACAUGAAA